AUAAUUCAAAAUGGCGGUUGACGGCGGCAAAAAACCGCCGAUAAACCAACGGAGAAGAAACUCUUGUAUUUCAAAGAGAAGGGAAUGAAAAGUAGAGUGCAAGGAAAGGCGUCCAAGGCAUCCUUGGUAGCUCGAGGCCUCCCUUCAAAAUCUAAGCCACCGGCGUUUAAAAGAGUCCAGAAAGGACACCAGAAGACAGCUGUCAGAGAAUCUAAACCUGGUUACAGUCUCUACACAUCAGACUCUGAAGACCAGGCUUCUGCAGUUAAUAGAGGCUUAAACAGGUGUGCAGCAUUGCUGUCAAAUAUACUUGACAAUGAGGAUGAAGACAGCACAACACAGCCUAAGGUCACAGCUGUGGGGAAAACAUCCAAGUCAGCAAUGAAAAGAGCAGGUCCAACCAUGCAUCUGUUAGUUAAACCAGGCAGGGUUGACACACAACGAGCAAAAGCAUCGAGUCGUAAGGUUGUGAUUCCUACAGCCAAGGCUGAUGACAGAGUUAGCCCAUCACCGUUAAAACCACGUGAAGAAAAUCCAGCAACAUCAACAGCAUACAAUGAUCGUCUUGUAUCCUCCACACCAGUGCUGACUGCAGAAGAACGACAGCGACAUCAGCAGCUGCAGAGAAGAGAAGCAGCACUUCAACAUGAACUGACUCAACUCAAGCAACGUUAUGAUCUGCUCCAGAGACAACAAGAUCCCACCCACCAUGCCGAACAGAAGAUCAAACUUCAAAGCUCUAUGAUGCAAGAACUUGAGAGUCACCAUCAAAAACAAACUGUACAAAGGCCUGCUGCAUCACGAGGUUCAACAGAGCAGUCAGUAAGGAGCUCUGGAAAUGAGCUGCUUGCAAAUCCAAGCUCAAAAAGAACUUCAGCAAGACGCAGUCUGGAUUAUUCAGGUUUUCCUGCGACAGAAGCGUUACCGAGUGAUGCUUCUGUUGAUCAUGGUCUUGAUGACUCUCAGUCUAUGGGUGCUUCGGAUUUCUUAAGAGGACAUGAUGAGGAAAAUGUGAAACAUACCGUUGAUGAUUCUGUAACAGGGGAAAUUGACACUUCAGAGUCCAAAAAGCGGGUCAGAAUUGUGUCACCUACUGAGACAGUUUCAUCUUUCGUCAAUGGAGAGCCAUUGGUAAAUGGCGGUCGGCUAGAACAUCUCUCCAAUUCACCCAAUGCAGGGCCAUCUGAGGGUACCAGAACCAGGCAUCUGAGCUCACCAUCAUCACCUUCUGGUCGGCCAAGCUCUUCUCCUGCGAGGUCUAGGGAUCUACUGCACCCGUCAUCUGCUGCAAACCAGGCUCGUAUGAUUCAGUACCUGGUGGACGAGCUCAGGGCACUCCUCGGAAGUACAGGUGACUUGGAAGUAGAUCGUCUGCUGAAUGAGAUAGACGAUGCUGUUAAGCUACUUCCAUAUCUAAUGGAGAAAGAUAAAACAGCUUCGGCAUCACAAGAUAUUGAACAAGCUGUACAGCCAUUCAAGGUUGAAAAUGCUCAAUUACGAAGAAAGCUCCUGAUUGCUCAUCAAAAGCUCAAAGAAGGAUCUUUGAAGAAACAUGUCGACAAAUCCCCCAGAAAGACGGAUUUAACUUUUGAAUUGGCAGCUUGUAGGUCUGUAAACACUGUCCUGCAAAAGCAACUGACAGAAGAAAAAGACAGCAAGGAGCAGAUACUGAGGGAACGAGAUAAGCUGGCUCAGAAUCUCACUGAACUGCAAGAUGAGAGGAAAAAGUUUUCACUGAUUCUGUCAAACAAGGAGCAAGACCAUCUGCGGGUAAAACGAGAAUGGCAACAAGACACUUCUAAAUUGACUGUCGGUAAGUAUAUUUUGGGAUAACGCGCAGCCCUUGGGGUCGGGGGUGUAGAGGCAGACAAGAAAGAGGUCAACAUUCUCAAUCUUUCGUUGAAGCAAAAAGACGCGGAAAUUGACAGACUAAAGGAACUCACAAGGGGCCUUCAACAGUCUCUUACUCGCUUGUUGUCGGACAUACAGCAGUUUCAGCCAAACGGUGUGUUAAAGCCGGGCGGAAUGUUGUAUAAAGCGAGUGCAUUUGAGGCUCUGGAUAAGCUGCUUAGGAGUGAUGUGAAAACAAUAGGACAAACAAUUACCCCAGGCCUCUCCCCUGAAGUUUUGCAGCUGGCAAGACGUAAUAACGGAAACACGGUUCCUCCAAGUCUUCCCAACAGAACAUUAGUAAGUCACGAGAAUCCAUCUUCUCUCAAUCGCAUGGACGGUCAAACCGAAACAGCUCGGAAGACUCCUAGGAAAAGUCCCUCAUUACAAAACAAAAAACAUUUACGCUUCGCGGACGCGGCGUACGGACCCUCUGCGCAUGCAGAUGGGAUAGAGGAACACGAAGCUGGUUUGACAGUGGUAGAUUUGGAGGAGGAGCAAAAUGGCGGCGAUUUAUCAUCACUUUCGUCAGGUGAAGAGGAAGAUUUCAGAAGAGACUUAGCGAAUCUUGACGCUAAUAUCGCAAGAAUACAGAAAAGUUUGCGAGAAACUGCUCUUCGAACUUAAAAUUUAGGAACAAGUUGUCAGUGGAAAAUAAAAAAUAUAUAUAUUAUACAGUCGUGUACCAAAAACUAGCGAUCGGCAAUAUUUUGCUAUUAAUUGCGCCCUUAUUUUCCUAACACAGUUGUUAACAUAAACGUAUUUAAAAACUAAACAUAUUUUGAAACUUUUUCACUCAGUUGUCAUCUAUUUUUCUCUAUUUGUUUCUUUUCUCUUUCCCUCUCGCUUUCCGUCUCUGUCGCGAAGAAGAUGUAGAGAAUCGAUCACUCUUUAUGGCCAACUAACUAGUCCAAAUCGGGAACAGUAUUUUUAGCCAACGGUGCUCGUAACCCAUCCUUGCGAGAUAUUCCUUGGACAAUGAAGAGGUAUAUUUUGUUUUAUUUUAUUUACAAACCUGGAUUUAUUGCGACAGGUUGUCGGAAGUAUGACCGUUAAGUUCCACUCAAGGAGCAAUGUUAAACACCUGUUAAACAAGGCAGGUUCAUAAUUCUUGUAACUCUUACGAUAUCUAGAGUGUUGCUCUCAAAGGUAACAUCUUUUUAAAUUCCACUCUGGCCAAAAAUAGUCAUAAGAUUUCAAGAAAUUAUUUUACUUUGAUUUAACAAGUGUCUUGAUUCCCAAAGCGUCCAUGAC